UCCCAGGCGAGUGCGGGCGCUUGUUCUACCUCAUGCUGCCGGCCAGAUAAAAGGUAGUUCUAUCUAUGAAGGUGCCCGUUAUGGUGCCGAUACUCAGGACUCCCGCGGCACAGGACUGGCUGCAACUAGAGAGGGAGCUUGUGGGCUGAGCUCCUCCCCCCUCAGCGCACCGUGUGACAAGAAGAAGUAGUCUAGUAACGAGCAGCCCGCGCUGCCUGUCAUUCUGUGUUGUGUGUCUGUGCGAUUCUGCUGCCGCCCCCUCUCCUCCAACUCUCAACUUUCCGCUAAUCCUGGGAGGGCGCCAGUAACGUGCUGCAAUCAGUGGGGCACUCUGGGGUCCCUGCUCCCCCCUUAUACCCCUCAGUCAGUACGUUAGAGAUUGCUUGGACUUGUUGUUUAUUUGUGUAACUUUGCCGGGAGCCGCACAGUAAGAUCGGGGAGGCAGUCGUAUGCGACCAUGGCUGUGCCAGCCGCUUUGAUCCCCCCGACUCAGCUGAUGACUCCUCAGGCAGCGAUCUCUUCCUCUGCCUCUUCCUCGUCCCCCUCUACCAACUCGUCUUCUUCGGCCACUAAUUCUCCGUCGCCUUCAGUCGCACCUUCCUCGUCCGGGCAGAGCCUGUACCGACCAGAGUCCAUCGCUGCUCCCAUAGUCACUCCCAGCAGCCUCAGCAACCUCAGCAACCUCAGCAGCCCGGCUCCCAACCUCACUACCAGCAGCAGCAGCAGCAGCCAAGGGACAGGGGCAGCGCCGGGGACCGGGGGAGGAGGAGGCGGCAGCAAUGGGAUCCUGAGCAACUGCAGCAGCCCGAGCUUGACCACUUCCAACAGCAGCAGCAGCCACCAUAAUAAUAAUAAUAAUCAUAAUAACCCUAUUAUCCCAGGCAGCUCCCCGGCCACAUCCACCAGCACAACAUCCACCAACAGCAGCAGCAUUGCCCCCAUCUCCAACCUGCCUGGAAAACCCGUCUACUCCACUCCUUCCCCCGUGGAGAACAUCCCCCAGAACAAUGAGUGCAGGAUGGUGGAGCUAAGAGGGGCCAAGGUGGCUUCAUUCACAGUAGAGAGUUGUGAACUCAUCUGCCUCCCCCAAGCUUUUGAUCUUUUUUUGAAGCAUUUAGUAGGGGGGCUGCACACAGUCUACACCAAACUCAAGAGGCUGGAGAUCACCCCUGUGGUGUGUAAUGUGGAGCAGGUGCGGAUCUUGAGGGGCUUGGGGGCCAUUCAGCCUGGGGUCAACCGCUGUAAACUCAUUUCCAGGAAGGAUUUUGAGACCUUGUACAAUGACUGCACCAAUGCCAGUUCCAGACCGGGAAGACCACCUAAAAGAACGCAGAGUGUUACCUCACCAGACAAUCCACAUAUCAUGCCACAUACGGUUCCUGGUCUCAUGUCUCCUGGGAUGAUCCCUCCAACAGGUUUGACAGCAGCAGCUGCAGCAGCAGCAGCCGCAACUAAUGCAGCAAUAGCAGAAGCAAUGAAGGUGAAAAAAAUCAAGUUGGAAGCUAUGACCAACUAUCAUGGCAAUAACCAGCAUGGAGCUGAUUCUGACAAUGGAGAUCUCAAUUCAAGUCUUGGGAGCAGUGAUGGUUCUUGGGAUAAAGAAAAACUACAGUCUCUCCCUACCCAAGGAUCACAAACCUCUCUUAGCCAUCCCAACUUGCCUGGACAGCAUAACCUUUCAGUUACUCAUCCUCUCAACACUCUUCAACAGAAUCACCUCCUGCCGAAUGGCCUGGAAAUCCCAUUUAUGAUGAUGCCCCACCCACUAAUUCCAGUAAGUCUACCUCCUGCAUCUGUUACCAUGGCAAUGAGCCAAAUGAACCAUCUCAGUACCAUUGCAAGCAUGGCAGCAGCAGCACAAGUACAAAGCACCCCCUCCAGAGUUGAAACAUCAGUAAUUAAGGAACGUGUGCCAGACAGUCCUUCUCCUGCUCCAUCUCUAGAAGAUGGUCGAAGACCGGUCAGUCAUCCAUCGUCACACAGAAGCAGCAGUGUCUCUAGUUCUCCAGCAAGAACUGAAAGUUCCUCAGACAGAAUUCCUGUCCAUCAUAAUGGCAUCUCAAUUAAUCAAAUGCUAAUGGGUCUGUCACCUAACAUCAUACCUGGACCAAAAGAAGGUGAUCUUGCUGGUCAUGAAGUGGGACAUGAGACAAAAAGAAUGCACAUGGAAAAAGAUGAGACCCUGCUCUCAACACCAACUGCGAGAGACAGCUUUGAUAGACAUUCCCUGUCUGGGCAUGGGCAACCUCUACCUCCUGGCUACCCAUCUCCUUUUCUAUUUCCUGAUGGAUUGUCUUCUAUAGAGACACUUCUAACUAACAUCCAGGGCUUAUUGAAAGUUGCCAUAGAUAAUGCAAGAGCUCAAGAAAAACAGGUACAAAUGGAAAAGACUGAACUGAAGAUGGAACUGUUCAGGGAACGAGAACUGAGGGAAACCCUAGAAAAACAAUUAUCAGUGGAACAAAAGAACAGAGCAAUAAUUCAAAAAAGGGUCAAGAAAGAAAAAAAGGCAAAAAGGAAAUUACAGGAAGCCCUUGAAUUUGAGACAAAAAGAAGAGAGCAAGCAGAGCAGGCACUGAAACAGGCAGCAUCAUCAGAAGGUCUCAGAGUCCUUAAUGAAUCUCUGACACCAGACUUAGAAAGUGACCGCAAUGGGGCCAGAACAGAUGCUGAAAGGACAAUACAAGAUGGAAGACUUUAUUUAAAAAACAGUGUGAUGUAUUGAUGGAGCACAAGCUACAACAGAGGACUCUGAAGUGCCAGGCUUUCUGAAUAAAAUGGAUGUAUAAUCUAAAUUAAGGACUGGAGUUCUUCAUAUAUUCUGCAUCAUUGGACUGCCAACAUGUGACUAUGAUCUCAGAGAUUUUGAGACGUUUUCUAACUGUAAAUAUAGCAUUUCUCUUGAAGAAGUGAGAUUGAAAUGCAUCUGCAAACUUGUAUAGAAUUGUUUUGGCCAUUAAUGCCUCCUGUACAAUUUUUUUUAAAAUGAUGCUUAUUCAAGUCAUGACUUUCCUCUAUUUGUGCACAUCAGAAUCUUCCAAACAUGGACACUUAAAUGUUUCAACAGUUUGAUCAUGCAUAAACCAGCAACAAUGCUUUUAAUGAAGCCACUUAAGAGAAGAUUGAAGAAUCUUAAAAGGGCAUGCACUGAUAUGGGAUCCAUGGAUGUCAUGACGUUAACAAGAAGUUUUUAAUUGAAAACAAUGUUUUCUUCUUAAAAUAACAUUUUUAACCUACUAUGGAAUAUAAAGAAACUUGGACUUUGAACUGCUGUAUUAUUUCAUUAAAGAAGUAACUCAUACUGUCUUAUGAAUGUAAAUGAAACAAUGAUUUUUGUUCUUUAGGGGUUUUUUUUCAACAGCAAACAAAGAGGUAAUCAAAACGCUCACCUCAUACUUUUGUGGGGUUACGUUAAAAGUGCUGUGUUUAAUUAACCUCUGGCCACAUGUAUAUAGCCACUGUCCCAUAAGGAAGGCAUUAUGUAUGUGUAGCAUAUUAGAGAUUAGGAAACAAUUUUAGACAAAUUGUUUUUUUCAGUUUCUUGGUUUAAAAGCAGCCUUUAUAGUUUAAAUGCAUGCAGGCAUGUAAAUAUUUGUCCUCGAGUCACAGUAUUAAUUAAUAAGAUUUUUAGAAAAACUGGUGAAACGAAGGGGUGCAUUGCAGCAACAUUUAUUUGUAUAUUAAGUCCUUUAUGGCUUCAAAUAUCCAAGUAAGGAUGAGAUUGUGGCUGAUAAGUAAGUCCAGACACCAGAAAUAUUUUUAUAACAAGUCAUUUUUGAGUGAAAGUUCUUGAAAAACAAAACUAAAAUUAACAUGAGGUAUCCUUCCACUAAUGAUGAAUGAACUUAAAAUUUUCCUGAAUACACUUUUCACUGCUGUAUUGUAUGAUCACUGCUCAUCUUCUUAUUGUACUUGUAUGCUGUAGUGUGAAAGGGGUGUUAUUUUUGUUUUCAGUGUCUUUAAUGAACCAAUUUUUUUUUUAACCUUGGGAAACUGGAAUUAAAACAGAACAUGCAGUUAAGAAACAUUUCAUUUUGUAUUUUCUGUGUAUCCCUUAAAAUAUUGAAUCCAUAAAUUAGUUCAAGAAAUAUAAAAAUUUGGGUUUUACACAUAUCUAGUUUUAUGCACAUAAAUUGUAAUUUAUUUUGUUAUAAAACAUCUAAAGUUGUUUUUAAUGCCAGAGUGAAAAUAUUUCCUUAAAGCUUCAUUUUAAUUUCAAACUAAUCAUAUGAUUUGUCUUUUAUUAAGAGAAAACAAAAACUAUAGCUUGUAAAGUCUUCCUAAUUAUACUUGGAUAUACAUUUUCUGUGGAAACCUGAACUAAACAUUUUAACUCACCACUGAACUGUUAAAAAUAAAAUGUUGUAUAUACAGUAUCACAUUCUUUUUUAUGAUACCGAGCAAUAUUUUUGCAUUAAAAUAUUGUUAAUA